AAUGCUCAGGUCCAUUGGGAAUUGAAGGUGGAAUUAUAUCAAAUCAGCAAAUCACAGCUUCAUCUACCCACCGAGCUCUUUUUGGACUCCAGAAAUGGUAUCCCUACUAUGCACGUCUUAAUAAGAAGGGGCUGAUAAAUGCCUGGACAGCUGCAGAAAAUGACAGAUGGCCAUGGAUUCAGAUAAAUUUGCAAAGAAAAAUGAGAGUUACUGGCGUGAUUACUCAAGGAGCCAAGAGGAUUGGGAGCCCAGAGUAUAUAAAAUCCUACAAAAUUGCCUACAGUAAUGAUGGGAAGACUUGGGCAAUGUACAAAGUGAAAGGCACCAGUGAAGAUAUGGUGUUCCGUGGAAAUGUUGAUAACAACACCCCCUAUGCAAACUCUUUCACACCCCCUAUCAAAGGUCAGUAUGUGAGAUUAUAUCCUCAAGUUUGCCGAAGGCACUGCACGUUAAGGAUGGAACUUCUUGGCUGUGAACUAUCAGGCUGUUCUGAGCCCUUGGGGAUGAAAUCAGGACAUAUACAAGACUACCAGAUCACUGCCUCCAGUAUCUUCAGAACACUCAACAUGGACAUGUUCACCUGGGAACCAAGGAAAGCUCGGCUGGAUAAGCAAGGGAAAGUGAAUGCCUGGACCUCUGGCCACAAUGACCAGUCACAAUGGUUACAGGUGGAUCUUCUUGUCCCUACCAAAGUGACUGGCAUCAUCACACAAGGAGCUAAAGAUUUUGGCCAUGUACAAUUUGUUGGUUCAUACAAACUAGCCUACAGCAACGAUGGAGAGCACUGGACUGUAUACCAGGAUGAAAAGCAAAGAAAAGAUAAGGUUUUCCAGGGAAAUUUUGACAAUGACACCCACAGAAAAAAUGUCAUUGACCCUCCCAUCUAUGCACGACACAUAAGAAUCCUUCCUUGGUCCUGGUAUGGGAGGAUCACACUGCGGUCAGAGCUGCUGGGUUGCACAGAGGAGGAAUGAGAAGAACUCCACAUCUACAGCUGCUCUUCUUAGUUUCCCUGAAAGCAUCUCCAUGGAAUGAACUGUGUGAAAUCUGUAGGAAAAUGAAUGGGGUUUCUUUUUUCAUGAAAAAGUGUUCAAAUUAUGGUAGGCCACUGUCUUUUUAAGGAGGUCUAAGCCUGCCUUUUCAAUGAUUUAAUUUUAUUUUUGUGUUAACUCUCUUAAGUAACAUCACAUUAACUGUGAAUUACUUUUCUCAUUGUUUUCU